GACCGUGGGCCAUGAGCUGACUGGGCUGCGGAAAGAGGGGAUGAGCCGCAGCCACGCGGCACUGCCUUUCGUUUGACACAUUCUGGUCUCAGCCUGAGCAGGCUGGCUUAGAGGAGAACAGAGCUAUCAUGUCCCAAGGAGAAGCAGCAGGACGCUGCGCUGCCAAGCCCCAGGACCAGGGAUGGGCAUGGAUGGUCCUGCUGGCUGCAGUGGUGCUGCAGGGGCUGACGCUGGGCUUCCCCUGCUGCAUUGGUGUCUUCUUCACGGAUCUCCAGCACGAGUUCCAGGCCAGCUACAGUGAGACGUCAUGGUUCCCGUCCAUCAUGGUGGCUGUGCUGCACGGAGGAGGGCCCCUCUGCAGCAUCCUGGUGAAACGGUUUGGCUGCAGGUUUGCAGUGAUGCUGGGUGGGCUGCUCAGUGGGCUGGGAAUGGUGUCCAGCUCCUUCUGCAAGUCCAUCAGCCAGCUGUACCUCACAGCAGGCCUCAUCACUGGUCUGGGAUCAUGUUUCAGCUUCCAGGCAGGAGUGACUGUGCUGGGCUACUACUUUGUAAGGUGGCGAACACUGGCCAAUGCUGUGGCCUCCACCGGUGUCUCCCUCGGUUUCACACUGUGGCCGUUGCUGUCUCAAUACUUGCUGGAUGAGAUGGGUUGGAGAAACACCUUCCUCAUCUUUGGAGGAGUACUACUGAACUGCUGUGUUUGUGGAGCCAUCAUGAGACCCAUUCAGCUGGCAUCAGGGUCACUUCCACAAUCUGCCAAGCCCAAAGAGCAGCCAGGGAGCAGAGCAGAAGAGGCACAGCUGUCCAAUGGAGCAUCUCCUCACCACCCCACACUCCAGCAGCACACCAAAAGGACAAAAUGCUUCCAGAUGCUGCAGAAGUACCUGGCUUUUGACAUCUUCUGUCAAAACAAAGGUUACCAGAUUUACACUAUUGGAGUAACCUGGAUGAUGAUGGGGUUUGCCUUACCCCAUGUCUACCUUGUGCCUUAUGCUACCCACAAUGGGGUGGAGGAACGCAAGGCAGCCCUCCUCAUCUCCAUCAUUGGGUUCAUCAACAUCUUCAUCCGCCCUUUCACUGGGCUCCUCUCAGGACACAGAGUCUUCACAGGAAGACGCAUCUACCUGUUCAGCCUGGCCGUGCUUCUCUGUGGGCUCAGCAAUUUCAUCUGUGUAAUUUCAGCUGAGUUCAGUGUGCUCAUCCUCUACUGCAUCAUCCUCAGCAUAGCCAUGAGUGGUGUUGGGGCACUCACUUUCCAGGUGCUGAUGGACGUGGUAGAGAUGGACAGGUUCUCCAGUGCUCUAGGGCUCUUCACCAUCCUAGAGAGCAUCACCCUCCUCAUUGGGCUCCCACUCACAGGUGAGAGAGGCUAUGAAAGCUGGCUGGGGGAAAGGUGGUGGUUUGGAAACUGGUGACAAGUGUUUGGGAGCAUCAAGAAGAGGAAUUAUGGAGUUUCCAGACCCAUGGUGUAGGUGAGUUAUGCAAAGGGAGCAGUGUAAAAGGUAGGGUUGGAAAGGAAUCAUCAGCCUCUGCUGACAGCUGAAAAGUAAUUUCUACAGCUGCAUCAAAAGCACACUGAAAAAACUACUCACUUGGUAAGUGGUCUGAUACAUAUGGGAGCAAUGACAGCUUUUUUCCAGUGGCAAGAGGCUGACAGGAAUAACUAUGAACUUUUUCACCUUUUUACUAGUUUGCAUUGUUUUAUCCAUGAAGUCUCAGGAAAUUGUGAACAUCCCAUUAAACAAAUUAUUUGUGUUCACAAUUAUUACCAGUCCUACAUUAUUCAAAAGACCCAUAGUAAAAGCUUCUGUUCAGUCUUCUUUCCAAGUUCUGGAGCAUAUUAAUUUUUCUCUGGAGACAAGAAAGAGCUAGUUAUGACUCUCAGUCCAAUAAAUUAUUCACAGUUCACUCCAAAUGCCACUAAGUGACCUGUCCAAGACACACCUGCUCCUGCAGUAAAUUCAAAAGACCAACAAACAACAAAUGUCAACCCGAGCAUGUCAACCUCAGUUCAGGCUUUAGUUCUCUUCUCCAGACAAUGAAUUGUGGCUGAUACCAUCUCACAGCAUUUAUUUAGAAAAAGUACAUUUUCAUAAGGACGCUGGCAUUGCGCCAGUGUCAAACCAUGACAUUUUUUGGUUCCCUGACCGGGAAAUCGAAUUCUGGGCAAGAUGAAAUAAAGAUAAGAUGAGAGCUGUGAGAUAGGAUCAAAAGGAAUAAGAGCAAAGCAUGUAUUAGGUUAUGGUGCCAAUACAGAGGUAGAGGGUUAGUGUAGGUUACUGGUUUAUGUAUAAGUGUGUUGAAUGUAAUUUUGAUAAUAAUUUUAGAAAUGUGUGUUCUCAGAGGCGAAGGGUGGAGUGUCGUGGUUUGACAUGGAAGUGAAUUUUUUCCAGGAAGUUGGGUCAAACCAAUCAGUGGUCAGGUUUGGAUAUUGGCACCUGGAGUGACCACUGAAAGUAUGGACACGCCUCUGAGAACACAGGGGGUUAAAAGCAAGAACUCCCAGGAGAACUCUCUUUUUUAGUUCCGGUCAUCAGAGAGUGCAGACUCCCCCUCUGCCCAGCUUUAGGCUGGGUGGGGGAGGGGAAGCCACGCGGCCUUGUCCAGGCAGGCCGAGGGGGCUGAGGGUCUGGAACCCAGCCAGCUCCUGUGGACAGAAGGAUGGAGAGAAGUGGAGAUACCUUUGCCCCCCCCCCCAAGAGGGAAAGAGACAGAGAGCCUGGCGGCACCUAGAAAUCUGCCAGCAGAGGAGAAAGAGAAGGGGGGGGGAAUGCCCAGCGUGGGAGGCAGAACGCCGGAUUGAGAUAUCAGCCAUCCAGGGAGUCUGAACUUUUAACCCUUUCCAAGAAAUGAGGGCUUUUUAAAAGUAUUACUCCUCCUUGAUUUGUAGUAGAAGAGAGAUAGUCCGGGACCUGAGAUGUUAGAAGAAGAAAUAUUUAGGUGGGAGGAGAUGAUGAAGUAGCUUUUAGCUAGACUUUUCUUAUUAGCCAUAGACUGAACCAAAAUCUCCUGCAAUAGAGACUGCAUUUUAGGGGGAUGCAGUGGUAACCCAGGGAGACCUGUUUCAGCUUCGAACAGCACAAGAAUGGCGAGAAACGAAGAGAGCUGAAGAGGGAAUGGUGAUACCCUCUGUCUUCAAGAAGAAGAUGAGUCCUGUUUUUGGACCCCUCAGCCCCAGGGGAAAAUGGGGGGGACUGUAGUCCCAGGAUGAGAAACUGAACUGUUAUAUCUUUAAGUCCGUGGCAAAGCAUCCUUAAAGGAGCCCUACGAGCAGUCUGUCCAUGCAUGGUAGUGAGAGCACUGUGACAUAGAAUAGAGAGUGUCACACUAGCAGAUUUUUUCUUCCGGGCGGUGGCCAUGUGUGACAGGGAAACACAGGGUGGCAGCUGUGUUUCCUGGGGGGUCUGUAGUGCAAGAGAGACUUCUCUCUCCCUUGAUAGUUUAAGUAUAGAUUACCUGAAAGGUAGUAAUUUGAUCAAGAAUCCCGGGUGAUGUUUCAUGGCUGGGUGUUUUUAGAAUUAAGAGGAGGAGGGGUGGUUUAAAAGGUCUUCAUCCUGGAUUUAGUUUAUGUGUUUUCUGUAUUAGUAGUAGUUUAAUAAAGUUUUUUUUCCUUUACUAUUAAGCUUAGGCCUGCUCUGCUCUGUUCCUGAUACCAUCUCACAGCAUUUAUUUAGAAAAAGUACAUUUUCAUAAGGACGCUGGCAUUGCGCCAGUGUCAAACCAUGACACUCAGCAGGAAAAUUAUGUCUGGUUCGAUAAUGUGGUGGUAACAUGCAGUGUAUUUCAUGGUACUCCCUGGCAUUAGCGUGUCAGUCACUUUUCUCAAAGAGCAAAAAAGGUCCCUUCUUGGUCAUCUCUGACAGGAGCAGCAGAUGGGCAAAAAAAAGCACAGUAAAAGCAGCUCCAUUUCUAAUUGUAGUCCUAAAAUCUGAUACAGAAAAGUACACCAUGGACAGAAACAUCACCAAUCUUGAUUGAAAAAUACAAGCAAAUAAACAUUAUUCCAGUACUUCCACAUUGAUAAGCAGCCUAUGGAAAGCAUCAUGUAUUUGGCCUAAGUAUCACUUUUCCAUGUCUAAUAUUAGUGAUAAAUUACUCCCUUGAUAUAUCACAUUUCAAAAUGGUUUAUAUUGAGGUCACUUAAUGUUAGUAAUAAUCUUGCUGUGCUGUGAAUUUCCUUAUCCUUCAUUAAACAGGAUUAGAGACAAAUGUUCAGUUUAAAGGCCUUACUAUGUAAAUUUCUGAACUAUUUCUCCAUCUAGUUGUUCUAUUUUCUGCCCUAGGAUCUAAUAGGGUUACUCAUUUCAAAAGCCACUGAGUGGCAGUGGCACAAGGGUCCUCUGCUGAGCAAACAAAAUGAAGCAGCAGGUUGGGGAAAAUUACAAUUUCAUUUCUUUCCUGAUUUCUCUGUGUAUUGAGAAAUACUUUCUAGUAUUUCUAGAAGUAUCACCUGACUUCUGACUACAAAUAAAAAACUAAACAACUACUAGAAUCCAAAGAAGAUAACUUAACUCAUCAGAGAAUGCUUCUCUUUUGUAUAUGGCAGUUUGCUGAAUGAUUCAGGUUUAACAUUCAUGUAAAUGAAUGCCUUUAGUGUGCCUCUUCUCUUUGGCUAAGCUAUGAC